UUUCACCGAUUCGCAACAAAAGGAACACCUCAGACCGGAAGAUAGCUUCUGCGCGAACACGUUGUCGUUCUUUCUUUUCCUGUGACAGCAACGAGGAUCAUGGGCAAGAUCAAGGCUAGAGAUCUGCGGGGCAAGAAGAAGGAGGAGCUGCUCAAGCAGCUAGAUGACCUGAAGGUAGAGCUGUCCCAGCUCCGCGUAGCCAAGGUUACUGGUGGAGCUGCCUCCAAACUCUCUAAGAUCUGUGUCGUCCGCAAAUCCAUCGCCCGCGUUCUGACUGUCAUCAACCAGACGCAGAAGGAGAACCUGAGGAAGUUCUACAAGGGUAAGAAGUACAAGCCCCUGGAUCUGAGACCCAGGAAGACCCGUGCCAUCCGCAGGAGACUUAACAAGCAUGAGGAGUCUCUCAGAACCAAGAAGAUGCAGAGGAAGGACCGCCUCUAUUCCAUUCGCAAAUUCGCUGUCAAGGCUUAAGGCCGUUUCUCUUGUACAAAUAAAUUGACUAAAAAGAGAAGUAUGUUGUCUUCUGUAAAGGGAUGGUACUUGUGAAUCUUUAGUUUGGUAAUAUAUAUGCCUCAGUGAGCAGCUGGAAUAUGGAUUGCAAACAUUUUCAGCAAUUAUUUGGUGAGACAUUUUACAUCCACUUUGCAAUCUUAAUAUGCACUGAUAAUGGAUGUUAUGUAUGCUGAAGAGGAUUCUGUUGUGCUAGAAAAUACUCUUAGUUGGAAUUGGGACAGCCUUUGCUAAAAUACUGUUCAGAAGAAUGUUGUAUUUCAUAGCAGGACAAUAAAGACUUGUGGAGUGUUA